UGUCACCAGGGGGCGUGUACCUCUUUCCUCAUGAAAGAUUCUAGAGUGGCUCAUCUUCAAUGCUUAGAAAAGGAGCCUUUUCUCUCCGUAAGGAGUGAGAAAACAUGGGGAGAAGGACAUGUGCCUCUUCUCUGUUCAUCAGAAAACCUUGCCUCCAAAAUAAGGAGGCGCGUCGGUCUGCAAAAUCUGCAUUCAAAGCCGUCUGCUCUUCUUCUUUAAAUCUCUGCGUGCAAAACUCUCACCUUCAUUUUUAGCCAACUUCUCUCUCUGUCUACAUGUCUAUUUGCGAGAAUGGCUGCUAAUAACGGUAACAACCAGUUGAGAAAUGUUGGGGGUCCAUCAACCUUUGGCAAUUCUGCAAUGAACCCAUCAGCCAUGCAAUCCAUGGCUUCUUCAGUGAACCCUUCUUCUAUUCUUCACCCUCAAUCUCAACCACAAUCACAACCCACCCCUCACUUCCCAGGCCCAUUUCAAACACCCAUUCAAGCCCAAGUUCAAGCUCAAGUCCAAGCCCAGGCUGCCUUUGCCCAAGCACAAAACCACCCUUUUGGCCAAGGUCCAUUCCAUCCCCAAUCCCAAGCUCAAUCUCACUCCAUCGCUCAAGCCCAUGCCCAAUUCCAGGCCCAAUUACAAGCCCAAGCCCAAGCCCAAGCCCAAGCCCAAGCCCAAGCCCAAUUGCAUCCACAAGCCCAAUCAAUCUCGCUUAACCAAUCCCAAAUCCCAAACCCAUUGAAUGCAUCUUCGCCCUCUCUUACGACCCCUAACAAUGCAAGUGCAAAACGUGGGCAGCAAAAGCCACCUGCUCGGCCGCCUGGACCCCCCCUCCCCAACAAUGCCGCUUCCCUUUAUAAGAGCUCCGAGCUAACUCCUGCUGCCCGAAGGAAGAAGCGUAAGCUGCCUGAGAAGCAGUUGCCUGAUCGGGUAGCUGCCCUUUUGCCCGAAUCAUCUCUGUAUACCCAAUUACUCGAGCUGGAGAGCCGUGUCGAUGCUGCUCUAACUAGGAAGAAAAUCGAUAUACAAGAAGCUCUUAAGACCCCUCCUACCCUUCAAAGAAUGCUACGCAUAUUUAUCUUCAAUACUUAUGCCAACCAAACUCGUGGGGCCUCGGAAAAGCCUGCACAAGAGCCGCCAUCUUGGUGUCUUCGCAUAAUUGGGAGGAUUUUAGACGAUGGUCCUGACCAAGAAGCCUCAGGGGGGCUCCCCAAACCGAACCCAAAUUACCCGAAAUUCUCAUCGUUUUUUAAGAAGAUCACUGUGGCUUUGGAUGCCAAUUUAUACCCUGAGAACCCAACAAUUGUAUGGGAAAGCAAUCGCUCGCCUGCCCCUGUUGAAGGGUUCGAUAUUAAGAGGAAAGGGGAUAAGGAAUUUGUGGCGAAACUGAGGCUUGAGAUGAAUUGUGGGCCUGAUAAGUUCAAGCUGUCGCCUGCUCUGACUGAGGUUCUUGGGGUUGAGGUCGAUACACGACCACGUAUCAUAGCUGCUCUUUGGCACUACAUAAAAGCGAGGAAGCUGCAAAACCCGAGUGAUCCUACAGUUUUUGCAUGUGACCCAGCUCUCCGUAAGGUAUUUGGUGACGAAAAAAUGAAGUUUUCAACGGUUUCACAGAGGAUAUCUGCUCAUUUAUCCCCACCCCAAGCUAUACAAUUGGAGCAUAAAAUUAGGCUUUCAGGGAUUAACCCAGCUGGUAAUAUGUGCUAUGAUGUGUUGGUUGAUGUUCCAUUUCCUCUUCAGAAGGAAAUGACAGGUUUCUUGGCUGGUACUGACAAACAAAAAGAGAUAGAAGCUUGUGAUGAAGCAAUAUGUGCUGCGAUUAAAAAGAUUCACGAGCAUCGUAGAAGGCGGGCCUUCUUUCUAGGCUUUAGCCAGUCUCCUGUGGAGUUCAUAAAUGCUUUGAUUGCUUCACAAAGUAGGGAUUUGAAGCUUGUCGCUGGUGAGGCGAGCCGGAAUGCUGAGAAGGAACGUCGUGCAGAUUUCUAUAACCAACCUUGGGUUGAAGAUGCUGUCAUCAGUUAUUUGAACCGCAAGCCAGCUGCUGGAAAUGAUGCUCCAGGAAGCACAUAAAGUAAGCAUGUUAUAAUAAAUUCCGAUAGUUGGAAUAGUUCACUGCUGAUCCCUCACCCACACUACAGAUGUAGCGCUUGUUUCAUUAGUUUCUUGUGGCAGUCUCUUCUAUACCUGUCUUGAUGGAAGAAGGGAAGUUGAACUUAAUACAUGAGAAAGCUUUGUGCUCAAAGUCACUCAUUUUGAUGCAUGACUUGUCGUUCACAAUUGCCAUCCUGUCAUGCUAGGGAAACCAAUGGAACUUCAUUUUCUCUUGGUUAAGUCCUUUUUUUCUAUUUUUUUUUAAUGACAAUUACAUUUGUUAGUGAUUUAGUUUGUUUCGUGGGGAUAGUAUGCCAUUUUGGUAAAAUCGAAAUAUUCAUAGCAUUCCAUGGUCAUAGGACAUGAGCAUACUUGUUCAUUUGGAGAUUGGAAACCGUUGGAGUUUUACUAUGUAUAUCUUUUCUUUGAUGAAUCAGGGAUGUGUCCUUUCACAUUCCUUUUUCUCUUUAAAUCAUAUUAUGUGAUGUUCAACACCAUC